AUGCCUUUUGAGUAUCCAGAAUGGGCGCGAUGGUACAAGAAGCCAUCGUAUGUUGAUGUCAGUCAGUUCGCAACAGCUAUCAGGGAAAGGGCUGGGUCGGCAUCAAAUCCAAAUACACCAAUUGCAACUCCUCGUGCCAGUCUCGACCUCAAACGGCGUCCCAGCACUGACAUCCCACGGAAACUGCGUCUGGAGAGGAUCCUCAAGAAUCAAACAUGCAGCCCGAUGUCGCUAUAUGACUUCUACAUGUACCUGAAGUACAUUGAGCAUUCAUCUGAGAACCUCGAAUUCUACAUCUGGUUCAAGAACUACCAAGCAGGUCGCUUGACUGCAUUCCCAGAACUCCCACGAGCUCUUACUCCAGUCGAUAGCAACAGUUUCUCCAAUUCGGAGUCGAGUUUGGCCAAACCGGACAACGAUGACAAGUUCCAACCCGAACCAACAACCACUGAUGCCGAGAACCAAGAUAGCCUCAACUUUGAAGAUAGUGAGAUAUAUGCGCGCAUUGCACAAUUCGUCUCACCCUUAAACUCAUGUGGUGCUCAAGGAUGCGGCAGCAAUUCACCUCUCUACAAACGUCCAUUCUCACUUGUCGAAAAGAUCCGUACUGAAGAAGAGGCCAAAGAAGCAGGAAAGACAUCAACUGAGAUUCGUGAUCUUCGUCGCACAGAACUUGAGACUAUCAAAGCUCUCUUCCUCGUUCCUGGCGCACCCAAAGAACUCAACAUCCCAGCUCCAAUGCGCAAGAAGGUGCUUGAUGCGAUUGAGACCUCAACAGAAGCCAAGCACCUCGAACCUAUCGCCGAACACUGCUACCUUCUGCUCAAGUCAUGUUCGCACAGAAACUUUGUCCGACUUGGUGUUUCCAACGGUACAUUCGAAACUGUUUGCAUGGCCACUGGCCUCGGCAUAGUUCUUACUGUCACUGGUUUCCUCUGUAUGCUUCUCCUUGCAUUCGAAUCGCCUGGCUUCCGCCAGUCAUCAAGAUGGAGAGGUAUCGGCGUAUGGCCAAUGUGGGCUACCGGUGGUGGAUUGAUUCUGUCAGGAAUUCGUGGGAGUUGUUUCUUCCUCCUCUUAUUCUCACGCCGCCAGCCACUGCCCUGGGAAAGAUUCGAAGACGAAGGUGGCGCUACACAGAAACGGUCGCGCUUCAUUCGACUCGUCUCCAAACUCAUGAUCUUCGACCGGAAACUCAAAGUCAAAGACGACAACCUUCGACGCUUACAAAGGAAGGUCGUCAUUCAAAGCUUGGCUGGUGGGAUGGGACUGGCGACGAUACUAGUAAUUGUUUUCCUCUGUCUUCCCAUCUGGGCGAAGAUUUGA